GGGAGAGCAAACAAAAUAUAAUUGUUUUUUCAAUUUAAAAAAAAUGAAAAACCCAAACCCUAAAAUAUCUCUGCGGGAGAGCAUCAAACAUGGAAAGAGUUUUCAAAUUUGCCACUAUUCGUACCUGAGUCAGUGUUUUUUCCUGUCUUCUUUUCAUCUCUUUGUUUCAAAGAGCGGGAAACGAAGAAAAGCCUAAAGUUAGGGGUUUUGUGUUUUUUUUCUUCGAGUGAUGGCGAAUGUAGCAGUGGAUAAAGAUCAACAAUAGCUAAUGAAUUUCCGUUUAAGGUAAGUCAGAAAUCUUAGUAAUGCUUUCCUUUUUAUUGUGUUUCCAUUUAUUGUUUUAUAUAUACGUUUUUUUUUGAAUUUGGAUGAAGGAUCGGUGAAGGAUCGGUGGGACAAUAAUGUGGAAGAGCUUGAAAACUAUUUCCAGCAAUUGUUGUCUUUGAAUUUGGAUGAAGAGAUUGAUAUGUUACAAGCUAAUCCAAUGGAGUCAGAUACACCAGAAAGCAUCAAUUCUAACAUGAAUGAUGAAGAAAAAAUGGAAGCUGUGCAAUGUAAGAUAGAUGAAGCACAUGAGGCUAUUCUUUUGAAGAAGAAAGAAACUAAGGCUGAUGUUGAAAGACAUGCAAAAGCUAAAUCGGCUAUAGAUUUAUGCAAUGCCAAGGCUGAGGAUCUCGAAACUCAGAUAAAAGAAGAGGUCACCCAAUGGUUAGAAAUUAAGAACGUAUUGGACAUUGAAAAAGAGAAACUAUUUGAAGUUAAAAGAGAAGUUGAAGAGAGCAAAAAUAGGCUUAAUUCAUUUAAGGAACAUCAAGUUGAACUAUCAAAUAAACUUCAGAAAUCAAGUCAAGCAAGAGCAAAUGCUGUGGCUCAGUUGGAAAUGGCUGCAGUUACAAGAGCUAAGAUGGUAAUGGAAAUCGAGGAAUUGAGGUGACAAAAGGAUGUUUUUCAACGCAGGAUUGAGUUUUGUAGAGAGAAAGAUGCACUCAGAAUGGUUGCACGAUCAAACGAGUUAAGAUGUGGUUAUAGAGAGUAUAUGGCCGAGGAUAUUAGAUUGGCGACUGAUGAUUUUUCGGAGCGUUUGCGAUUAAAAGUGAGUGGAGAUUGGUCGAAUGUUUAUCGAGGACGAAUCAAUCAUUCAACGGUUGCGAUCAAGAUGCUCAAUUCUGUUAAUGGAAUGUCUCAAGAAGACUUUCAAGCUAAGGUGAGGCUUCUUAAUGACUUAAGACAUCCACAUUUGGUUGCUCUAAUGGGAUUCUGCUCGGAGCUGACAUGCAUAAUCUAUGAACACAUGCACAAUGGUAGCUUGAGAGACAUUUUAUUUACCCCCCAAAGGAGCUGUAGGAAAAUAAAUAGAAACCGAGUCCUUUGUUGGUAUGAUCGGAUCAGAAUAGCUUGCGAGGUUUGCUCGGGCUUGAGCUACUUGCACUCGGCAAAGCCAAGGCCCAUAGUUCACGGUCAUCUAACCACAUCCAACAUUCUCCUAGACCGUGACCUAGUUGCAAAGAUUAGCAGCUUUGGCUUGAGACAGCACCAUGAUCACUAUGAUAUAAGAUUGGAUAUUCGAGCUUUUGGGGUUUUAUUGAUGCAUAUGUUAACUGGGAGGAAUUGGGCGGACCUGAUCGAAGAUGCGACAGUGGAGGACCAGGCAGCACUCAUUAAGGUCUUGGAUGAGAAAGCAGGGAAAUGGCCUUCGGACUUGGCAGUAGAACUUGCAAAAAUAUCUAUGAAAUGCAUGUCGGUGUGCCGAGGGGCGAACCCAGAUUUGCAGAUUGCAACAGUAAUGGAAGAACUACAUGAGCUGAAAAAGAAAGCUGAUGAACUGAGGGCUAGAGGGGGAUUUGAAGUGGUAAGCAAUGAGAACGUAAACAGUGAAGACUCAAAUGAGGCACCAAGUGUUUUCCUCUGUCCCAUAUUCCAGGUUAGGGAACUUUUGAAAAGUAGAAGCACCCUUAAAUCCGAGGCAAAUGGGGUCAAAAUUCUGGACAGCUCUCAAGAAGGUUCUUAUGAGUGGGUGGCGCAUAUGUUUCUGGGCAUCUGUUGCUCCUGCUGCUAUACUUGCUCUUUUUAUGGAGUUUUCUGUAGAGAGUCCCCAUUGGCUUUUUAAGGUGCAUACUUUGGCUUUCUGUUCCGGUGUUUUGGAUUCUCUGGCGGUUGAAUUGAAAGCAUCAAAGGACUUCUCUAAGUUAUAUGCAGGCAUUGCAAUACUUUGGCUUCAUAUAAGCUUGAACCAGCCUUCUGUUGUAUAUUGUUUCUUCUUUUUUUUUUGAUCUUUUUCCUUUGAUUAAUGAGAGGUGAUGAUGAAUUGGCAUUCUUUUCUCAUGAGGAUAAAUUUUGUUUUAGAAAUUGUAAUACUUUAUGUGUUUGUGUGUGUUAUUUUUUAUGUAUUAAAUUACAUAUUAAAUCAAUGUUUAUGUAUUAAAUUUAAAUUCAUUAAUUUUUA